UCGAGCGAGAGAACUUGCGUGUGCCCUCUCUCCCUCAGUCCGUGCCACCCCAGGGUGGGAAUGCUAAGACAGACAGGCGGUUUAUUUUUGGGUCAGUGACAGUGUGUCAAUGGCCGCAGAUGCGUCGCAAAGGAAGGCUCUGAGAUACCAGCAGACCGUGCUAUAUGGAGAGUACAGAGAGCACCCUGGUGGGUCCCAGCGGAGAGAAGCCACUCGCCUUCUGAUGGAGAGACAGCGAAAAAAGCAUGGAUAUCACCACCAUGGACAUCACUACCAUGGGCACCACCAUCACAGCCACCAUGGGCGGAGUCACAGCCGAAGUCGCCGUCACAGCCACCAUCACCUGGAGAUGGGGAGCAUUCAAGACAGACAGGAGGAGGAACAGGGCCACACCUCCUCGUUCAAGAAACGACGCUCCUACUCCAAGUGCAGAGACUGUGUGGCACGAGUACAGAAGUUCCUCAUCUCUAAAUUGGGAGAAGACUGGAUCUUUCUGGUGUUGCUGGGUAUUACCAUGGCAUUGGUUAGCUGGAGCAUGGAUUAUGCUAGUGCCAAGAGUCUACAAGCCUAUAAGUGGUUUUAUGGGGAGUUGAGGGGAAACAUCCCACUGCAGUACCUGGUCUGGGUUUUCUAUCCCAUGGUGCUCAUCUUGUUUGCCUCCCUCUUCUGCCACCUGGUCGCUCCUCAGGCCAUUGGCUCUGGUAUUCCAGAGCUGAAAACCAUACUCAGAGGUGUUGUGCUGAAGGAGUAUUUGACACUCAAGGCAUUUAUUGCGAAGGUGGUGGGACUCACUGCUGGCCUGGGCAGUGGUAUGCCAGUUGGCAAAGAGGGUCCCUUUGUUCACAUAGCCAGUAUCUGUGCAGCUGUGCUCAGCAAGUUUAUGUCUUUCUUCUCUGGAGUCUAUCAGAGCCCAUAUUGUUAUACAGACAUCCUCACGGUGGGCUGUGCUGUAGGGGUUGGAUGCUGUUUUGGAACCCCUCUUGGAGGUGUUUUGUUCAGCAUUGAAGUUACAUCAACCUAUUUUGCUGUGAGAAACUACUGGAGGGGCUACUUUGCUGCCACAUUCAGUGCUUUUAUUUUCAGAGUACUGUCUGUGUUCAAUAAGGAUGCAGUAACCAUCACUGCUCUCUUCCGCACCAACUUCCGCAUGGAUUUUCCUUUCGACCUGCAAGAGCUUCCAGCGUUCGCCAUUAUUGGGAUUUCUUGUGGGUUUCUAGGAGCUUUCUUUGUUUACCUGAACCGUCAAGUUGUCCUGUUCAUGAGAAGACCUAACAUUUUCACACGAUUCCUUACAAAACACCGGCUGAUUUUCCCUGCUGUUGUGACAUUAGUGGUUACGACACUGACAUUCCCUCCAGGCUUUGGGCAGUUCAUGGCUGGAGAGCUGAUGCCCAGGGAGUGCAUUAACUCUCUGUUUGAUAACUUCACCUGGACUAAAAUAUGGGGUUCUCCUCUCCCACCUGGUCUCGGUCGCUCUGCUGUGUGGUUUCACCCUGAUGUCAGCAUCUUUGUCAUUCUUAUUCUCUUCUUUAUCAUGAAGUUCUGGAUGUCUGCAGUUUCCACCACAAUGCCCAUCCCGUCUGGAGCUUUCAUGCCUGUCUUUGUAUUGGGUGCCGCAUUUGGUCGUUUAGUGGGUGAGAUCAUGGCAACUCUCUUUCCUCAUGGUAUCCUGUUUGAUGAUAUACUAUACCGCAUCAUCCCUGGAGGGUACGCUGUCAUUGGUGCGGCGGCGCUAACGGGAGCUGUCACUCACACCGUUUCCACAGCAGUGAUCUGCUUUGAGCUGACUGGUCAGAUCUCUCACAUCCUUCCCAUGAUGGUCGCCGUCAUACUGGCCAACAUGGUAGCGCAAGGUCUGCAACCGUCACUGUACGACUCCAUAAUCCAGGUCAAGAAGCUGCCCUAUCUCCCCGAACUGGGCUUUGGCCACAUAAGCCAGUAUAAUAUCUUUGUGGAGGACAUCAUGGUGAGGAAAGUGAAGUUUUUAUGUUCCCACUCUACAUACAGAGAAGUACUGCAUUUGUUGGACUCGACUUCUCUAAAAACCUUCCCACUGGUUGACUCAAAAGAAUCUAUGAUUCUAUUGGGCAGCAUUGAGAGGUCUGAGCUUCUCGCCCUCUGUGAUUGGUGGCUGUCAGCAGAGAGGCGGAUCCUAAUGCAAGGACAAAGCUUGCAAGGUCAGGUGCCUUCUGCUAAAAUCAGCUGGGAAUCCUUUGCCUUUGUUGAUGAGGAAGAAGAGGAGAAUGAAGAUGAUAAGACGAUACCAGUUCAAGAGGAAAGAAACGGCCCUGUGCCUCUACCCAAACCUUCUGAACCAUCAACCAAUCACACGUCUCCCGAUAAGGGUCCUUCCCAGUCUUUCGGGAGAAUUUUACGUAACUUCUUUUCAUCCUCUUCAGAAAGACACACAGAAGGUCAGCCACAGGAGCCUUAUCCUCCACCUUUAACCGACACAAUGACACCAGAACAGAUCAAAGCCUGGGAGGAAACAGAGAUGGAUAAACCUCUGGAUAUCGAUCAGAUCAGAAUAGAUCCCUCCCCUUUCCAGCUGGUGGAGAGAACGUCACUACAUAAGACUCAUACCCUGUUCUCUUUACUGGGCCUCAGUCAUGCCUAUGUAACCAAUACUGGAAAACUGGUGGGAGUUGUGGCACUGAAAGAGCUCCAAAAAGCCAUCGAGGGCUCAACACGCAGUGGCGUGCGCUUGCGCCCCCCUCUGGCCAGUUUUCGUGACACCAUUCGCAAAGCUGCGAAGCCUCCUCAGGCCUCUUCCCCUCCAUCCUCGCCCGGCUCAACCACAGCUCCUUCCUCGCCUCUGUCCGCACCCGUGGUCCCUCAGGUCCAUUCCCCCAGCCCGGCGGCCCCAGAGAAGGAAGGGAAGGAGGAGAUGGAGGUGUGGAUUGAGGGCGUGAAACGGGAGGUGAUUGUGGGGAACAGCAGUAGCACAACGACAGUAAGCAGCAGCAGGAGCAGGAGCAGUAGCAGCAGUGGUAGUACAGGAAGUAGUCACAGUGAGGCAGGAAGUGCUGAUAGCAGCCCAAGCCUGCCGCCCUCCUCCUCUCCUCCUCCCAUCCCUCUCUCCACCCUGCAGCCCGUCCCCGAAAACAAAGAGGGUGAAGAAAACGAGGAUGAGGAGCCCCUUUAGGACAAGUAAAAUCUCUUUUUCUUUUAUUUGAGGUGUGAUCAGUGUACUUUUUGUUCACUUUUAUUUUUAUAUAACAAUUUCAUGUUUUUUAUUAAUUGCUCAUUUAAAAGGUUUUAAAACGUCUUUUCUUUUCUUUUCUUUUCUUUGUUUUCCUCCUCUCUCUUUCAUUUCCUCUUCUCCUUUCUUUUCUUUAUUCUCUUUUUGUAAAUCAUAGAAGAAAAAUAAUAAGAGAAAAAGAGUUCUCCUCUUAUUUUUCUUCUUCUUCCUCCUAAAAAAUUCUACACAUUUUCUUCUCUCUUUUUCUGCUUUUUCCACUUGAUCUUUCUGUUCUUCCGCUGGAAAUUUCUGUACUUUUUAUGCCUUUUUCUUCCUCUUUUUUCUACUUACACCUCCCCUGUUUAUUUCUAUUUCCUCUAAACAUUUCUGUAAAUAAAUGUUUUCUCUUCCACUUGCUCUUCCUCUUUUUUCCCUCUUCUAAAAAAGUUCUGUAAGUAAAAUUAAACUCCCCUAAAUCCUUUUCUUAAAAAAUGAUGAGCAGCAAGAAUUGCUUAGAUUUCCAAAUACCUGCAGUACUCCAGCUUUCUGCCACAAGGAAAAGUGCAUACGUCUGCUUAGACCCUGAUGUGGCGCUAAACACAUUUCCAUGUCAAAGUCCAUUUUUAUAAAUAUGAACGUUGGCGUGGAAUUUAGCAUAUGCACACUCUAAAUUCAAAUCUAUAAAUGAGGCCCCUGGAUAUUUUCAAAUGCACCCUUUAUUAAAGGGUGUGAACCCUUUUUAUGUUGUCAAAUGUGCAAAAAUUGAUAAAUUCAAGACGUUUCCAACAAGGAACAUUUUCACUGCAUUAUACUUUUGUAGUUGUCAAAAAUAUCUGAAACAAAAUGUGGCCAGCAGGUGGCACAUAGUGAACCUUUUCAAAAUCUGAACCUUCUUUUCACCUGAAACAUAUUCUCCUCGUGCCCUUUUAUAGUUCUAAAUUUUUAAGUGAUUAAAUUUCAGGGUGUGCACACUUUCCUCUCUUAAUGAAACUCUUUGUGUCCUGCUGUCAUCUAUCAAUAUUUUCUCUCAAAACUCUCUCUCAGGUGUCUCUCAUGUCUUUAAAUCAAGGACUGUUUAUAAACAAUCUAUGUUGGCUCAUGUGAUAUACUUUUUCGUUUAAAUGUUUCAUUUAAUUUAAUGUGAUUUUGUGUCUGUUCAGUCAGUGAGCAAUUACUUUAUUUGCUUCCAUUUUUGUUUGUUUGUUUUUGUCAUAUUUAUUAAUUUAUUUAUUCAUUCAUCUCUUUCCCUCUUGGCGUGAUGAGAUAUCAACAGAAAAUGUAUGAUAAAGUAAUUUUGAAAGGUUAAUGAUGUUGUUUUUGUCUCACUGUUUUUCAAAUUUUUAGUUUACGUUAGAAGGACGUUUAUAUAUCUAAAACCAUUCAAUCUUGGUGUCUUCCAGGAAUUAAUAACAAUUCAAUAAACUGACAAAUUUGAAAUAAAAAACUUUUAUGGCAUAUGCUUUUUUAGAUUACUGUCAGCGAUGUGGAAUAAUAAAUGUUCCCCCAUCCCUCCAACGUUGGGAAGAUAGAUGAUUCCUUCAAAAAUGGCUUCAUCACACACACCUGGCUUCUAUAUCCUUGUAUCCUUGUAAAAAGAGCCAUUUACUACUCUUUAGGGGGCUGCAUUUUUCUUUUGGACUUUGUGGUUUUAAUUUGAUUUUUUGCACCUGCACCAUGGCAACGGCACAUUACAUUCCAUGAACGCAGUUUACUUUACAAUCCUGACUUUAUUGUCGGUUCCAUUAACACCCGUUUGUCUAAUUUUCUAUUUUGUUAAU